ACCUAAUUCAUUAUUAUUUACAACUUAUUAAAUUCUAGAGCACGUAAAAAAAUAAAUUCAAUACAAAACCUUAUUAAAUAUACGCAAAAUCAAAAUGCAUUUACUCUAUAGUAAUGAGCACGUAGAUACUUUACAUUGUUGUAUUUAUUAAUUUUACCUUCUAACACAAUGAUCCUGAACAAAUCAGCUACCAUAUAUAAUUCGUAGUCAUGAAAAAUAUUUUGUACAAGUUGUCCAAAAUGGCUCGAGCAGUAUUAUUUGUCACUUGCGUCUAUUUCCUAAGCCUUGCUCUAGUUCCAUGCCUCCAUGCUGCUCCUUUUGGUUUCGAUUUGUUUGGUGGUUCAAUUUGCGACUUAGUCGAUUGCUGUGAAGAUAGCGAUGAAAGCGACGAAGAAGCUGAGAAUGAUGUUAUCAAACCACCAAUGGAUAUGGAACCUAAACCUCCUGUGGUCACAACAACAGCAGCAACAAUAGAUGCCUCCGAGCCAGAAGAGUAAUUUUUUUUUUUUAACACUCUGUAUAAUUUUUAUCCAUUAACACCUACUUACAUGUCUUUUAUCCAUUAAGAGCUUUGGAUAUAUUAUUUUUACGGGAAAUAUGAUACUUCUAUUGUCCAGCUUUUUUUUCUAAAGAAAAUAUUUUCUAUAUAACACCAUAUUAUUGGCCAAUAUUGUUUUAUUCCUCUCUAAAGCUUUAAUAAAAAUGCUUAUAUUCA